CUGCUGUCUCGAGAGUCGACGGGCGCGCAAGCUUUUUUCAUGUAAGGUGUCAAUUGAUCAGCAAACUGCACAUUAUUGAAGCCUAUUGUCUAAGUGAUCGUGCGCGCUUGUGUACGUUUGAUUAUUGAAAUUUUCACGUCUAACUAGUCGACAGUUGAGUGUCACUAUUGCCCGUCGAACUGCGCGUUUUGUUUGUUUUUUUUCUUUUUCAUCGAGACUGGAACAAAGUUAUAUCUGUGAUUUAAUGGUUAAUCAUUGACAAUGAGAUUUAUGGCGAAAGUAGGAUUAUAAAUUAAAGUGAUACUAGUUAUUAAUAAGUUGAACUGAUUGUGACAGAAAAUGCAGAUAUUUAGCACAAGGCUAAAUGGAAGUUGACAUUGUGUUCGAUAGGAAAGCACUAAGUAUUGGUAUCCGGUUGGCGCAGUCAUAAAAAGAAGCAACAUAAUCAAGAAAAGAAGAUAUAUUUCUUUUCGCAGCUCGGAAAAAUGCGCCAUUGAACUCAGUUUCCAAACGAGAAGUCGGCAAGAAGAGCAAGCGAGUAUUGUCAAUGCAUCGCGAGCCUAAAGCGACGAUGGAAAUCAGGCCGAUCACGUGGCCGAAGCGGAGGGAGCAGCAACAGCAGCAGCCCUGAGCUCGCAUGUGUCGGCAUGUGGAUGAUGCAGCAGCAAGAAUCGACAGGAGCAGCAGCGAUAAACGCCGACAACAUGUCACCAUUGGGUCCAGUGCCGAACGAGGAAGCCGAAGCAGCGGUGACACGUCCACGUCCGGACAGGCGACCGCAAGUUCUAUUUCAAGUACGACCGGCGGACCCGUUUUAUUUGCAACGAUGUAAUCCCGUACAAGACACAGCGAUGGUCAGUCGCACGGACAGCAAAACCAUUCACGAGGAGGCAGAGUUAGCGGCGAAAGACGACGAGGAGAGCGAAGAAGGUGAAGUGAGAUCGAGAGAUGACGAGGACGACGAUGACAGCGAGAAACGAGAAGUGGACGUUGAGGGCGACGUCGAGGUCGACGUGUGUCGCGAUGUUACUAGUAGUCCCGUCGAUCUUACUGCCACGUCGAGAUGUAGCAUUGUACCACCCGAACAGUUUGUCUAUCCACAGGCUCUCUUCAACGGUGUACCUAUGCCGGUUGGUUCACUUGUCGUACCCACGGUUUAUCAUCUACCGCAAGCUCUCGUUUGUAGUACACCUGGAAGAAGUUCAGGAGGCUUGACCACCACGACAACCACUACUACCGCCAAUUCCGUACAGACGAAUAAACGUGGACUUGCCUUCUCAGUGGAGAAUAUUCUCGAUCCGAAUAAAUUCACCGGCGGACGGCUUAUGCAGCCGAGGAUGUCACACCGUCGGAGGAGACGAAGUGGAAGCGUUCAUGAAGACGGCGAUUCUCGUGGUGAAUUUGCUAGUGGCAGCGGCCAAGAGGACGAACCAAUAUCCCCAGACAACCUCGACAUGGAUAUGGAUGACGAAGCUAUAGACGAGGACGAGGAUGAUGACGUAGACAUGCGUACAAAUGUAUCCGAUCAGCCAGACAACGAAGGCGUACAUCACCACCAAGAUAGCAAUGCUUCCACCCCGUCGAGCAACGGUACUUCGAACAAUAAUAACAAUAAUAACAACAACAAAAAGCGUCAGAACGUCGCCUCGCCACCGUCAGGUAGCCCAACGAAGAAUUGCCAAUCGAGUCAAAGUAACGGUAGCAGCGGAGGUGGUGGUGGUAAACCUCGUCGUGCACGUACAGCCUUUACCUACGAACAGCUCGUAGCUCUCGAGAAUAAAUUCAAAACGACAAGGUAUCUGUCAGUAUGUGAACGACUAAAUUUGGCGCUAUCUUUGUCCUUAACCGAGACGCAAGUAAAAAUCUGGUUUCAAAAUCGCCGUACCAAGUGGAAAAAACAAAAUCCUGGUCUCGAUGUUAACAGUCCGACCGUACCAACUACACCACCACAACCCUACGGACCUGCUUUUCUUUUUCAUCCUCACGGUCAUGCACAUCCACACGCUCAUGUUCACCAUGCUCCACCACCACCACCACCGGGUUAUUAUCAUCAUCCACCACCACCGUAUGCACCGUCUGGUCCAGGAUUUUUUGGGCCGCAUCAUCUUGCUACUCCUCCUGUCACGGUUGGAAGUAAUGCUACUACACCAACUACGAGCGCGUAGCGAAUGCAGCCUGUCCGAGUUGUCUGGAGUAAGUCUGAUGAGUAAUAUUGUACAUAUAGGAACGAUAAUUUCGCAAACGAAAAUGUUUUUCAUUGGUGCGAUUUUUUGUUUUUUGGUGUAAUAUAUAUUGUAUAAACUUGCGUAUUGAAGGUGCAAUACAGAUUUUAGAAUAACAUUUGAGAUUUUGAAAGGACAUUAUACAUAUUGAUUUGAGGCAAAAAGUAGUGCAUUUUAUUGAUAGAUAGAACUUACAUUCUUAUGGAUUGUAGAUAUUCUAAAUAAGUGUACUACUUUUUCAUAUAUGCUACUAUUUAAAAUAAAAAAUAUUGAUAUGUGAUGACUUUCACACUGUAAAAAAGAAUAAAAAUUCACAAAUAGUUUGUUUAUUUUUAAAUUCAACUACGAAGUUAACUCGCACUAUUUGUUUAAAGAAUUUACUAUGGAAUGGAUCGCGUAGAUUAAUAAAAUUAAAAUAGCUUUGCAGAUCAAUUCUUUUGUAAUAUAAAACUUUGUAUUGUAAUGCGUAAGAGCAGCCAAUGAAGUUUAAAUGUGAAAAAGAAAAAAAGAAAGAAAAUCGUUCGAGUAAAAAAAUUAAUUUUUUUGCUUGGCGUUGUGAUAAGCAUAAUUAUACCGGAGAUGAUGAUACUACGAGUAUGAAAUUCUCUGUGAAACGUCAAAUACGUUGUACGCUUGUAAAUCAACGGAAAUAGUACGUAUUCAAUGUUCUACACUAUAUUUUUUCUGUGACAAAGUUUUAAAAAUUUGUCGCUUGAAUAAUUGUUUUCUUACCAUCUUCAAAUUCUUCAAUAGUAUAAAUUAUUUACUUUGAGAUUAUCAAGCACAGAAAUACAGCUCGACAUGUUCAAUUAAAAAUUCAGCUGGAAAAUUUGCUUAAUAAUAUAAAAUCAAAAACUUUUCAUGAAUUUUGACUACAAGUAAAUUCAUAACUGAUUUAUCUUGUAAUCUUAUAUAUUGAAAGCUUACAUUUUUGAAUCGUUUUUCAAUCAAUGACUAAUGAGUUGUUAAAUAUAUAUAGUUAAGGGCAAAAACUUCUAAGAAUUUCACGACACUGUAAAUAUUAGAUAUAUGCACAAAAGAAAAUAUGUUCGAUUUCUUAAUAAGCGGAAAGCUUCACAUCAAAAAAACAAACUCUUCAAUGGAGAGAACGGGAGAAAAAAAUUGUUAUAAAUUAUCAUUGGUACGCACGAAUGAAAAGACUAUGGUGUCUAUAAAAAAUUGUGCUUUCUCCGUCAUCAAUUAUUAUUAUCAUU